UCAGUCUUCAAAACCGCGACAGUUUUCUACAGUUAACCUUAUUUGUUUGUUUGUUUAUUAUAUUAGUCAGUGGUCAAAUGCAGUGCGCAGACUUACAUUAAUGGACAAAGUCAACAAUGAGCCUUCAAAAUUUGUGAAAUUAAAGUUUAUUUAUUUCAUGGUUUCGUGCUGGAUUGAUUAAGUCACGAUGGCUAACGCAGAACAUGCGGAGAUGAAGUCUUCACUAUGCGAAGAAACGGAGUCAUCCCAGUCUCAGACAGAAUUAGAUACGAACACACAGACUCUUGAAGAAGCCAAUGCAAUGGCGCCCUCGUUCGGCGAUGAGAGGUGUUUAUCAGUUGAAGGUGCAGAAGGCACAGAAACUCAGGAUAAGAGAAUAAUGGAUGAAAAAAUCUCUCCCAUUGAAAGGCAACUUGAGUACUUGCUGAACAAGGCGGAUGAGCUUCAAACACAGCUUUUAUGGAGUCGUGAGUGCCUCCAGAAUUAUGGGUUCGCCCAUGUUGUCCCCAUGUUUUUGCAAACUUGUCAGCCAUACUUCACUUACCUGGAGUCCACUGCCAGAAACUCCAACCCCUCCCGUCCUCCUCUGUCCACAUAUAUACGCACACAACUUUUGCAGUUUUCUCAGCAACUGUGUUCUCGUCUGGAACAGCUGGUGUUGCUGUACGCCUCCUUCAGUUUCUUCUCACUAGAGGAAACUGAUCCACUGAGUAUCUCACACUUCUAUAUUGGCCAGUGUCAAAUAGACAACAUGAAGCUGUCAAUCUUCCGGUACUGUUGCCCUACUCCUUUUCUUGCGUCAGCCAGUACAGGCCUAUACAAACGUGUGCGCUGGAAUGUGGAGCGACAGAUAGAGGGAGAAGGAGAAGGAAACACAUAUGACAGUGCAGAGUUUUACUUCCUGUGCUGCGAGGAUGUCAUUGAGGCAGCAGAUGAUAAGGAUAGAGAUGGAAGGUGCGAAGGAGAAAAUACAGAAACUGAGAGAGAGAGUAGAGUAGAGAGGAUUUGGUCAAUUGGCCGGUGGAUUCAGACAUACCCUGAUCCAGACACAGAGGACAUCACUGAUUGGGUGCUGUGUUCAGUUCCUUGUGGUCAGUACAAGCAGCUGUGGUGUCUGGGAAGUGAGGAGCCUUCUUCCUGCACUGCAACAGACUGCCUGCUGGGGGUGCUGCUGUCUCAGGAAACAGAUGGUACAUUUGGCAUAAAAACAUAAGCUGGUGCUCACUUAUGGCCUCACCCAUUUUGCAUAGAGCAUUUGGUUUAUUCAAAUCAGAUGAGAGUACAGACUAAAGUUAGAAAUCUGUCGUCUGUGAAGGUUUGCCA